AUGGUCAGCCCGGCAACGCGACGGAGCCCCAAAUCCAACCUCCCGCCGGAGAGGGUCUUCUCCAUACAGAUCGGGACGGAGCUAUUUCGUCUGUCCGGGGCAUCCAUUGCCUCUGAUGCGCCGUCCUACUUCUCCCAGUUCUUUGAGGAACAGAUCCGCCAGAAUGGCGACAACCCCAACAUCCGAACUCUGUACAUCGAUCGCGACCCAACCACCUUCAAGGAGAUCGCCAAACAUCUACAGGGAUACCACAUUCAGCCAACCGAUGGCUCGCAAUUCGUCAAGUUCUUCGCCGAUGCUCAAUUCUACAGCUUACCGCGCUUGAUAUCUCAGUUGUUCGAGUCCCAGAUCUUUAUCCAGAUCGGCGAUCGAAACUUUCAGAUUCCCCGCGACAUCUUCUCCCGCCCAGGCGACUCGCCGAAUUUCUUCACAUUGGGCUUCGCCGCUUUCUUCGCGUCGCCCGUCGAAGUGUUUCCAGGCCUCGAGCGUCAGGGUCUCCUCCGGCCCCCGGCCAUCACGCCGCCCAGCGUCCCUAAUCGCUCCGGAGAGGUUUUCGCGCAGCUCCUCCACCUCCUACGGGGCUACCCACUGCGGAUCCGGAAUGAGGAGCACCGCGCGGAGCUCCUUCGGGACUGUCGCUACUUCCAUUUGCGGGGACUCGAGCAGAAAAUCAUUCCCCAUCAUGUUAGUUACAAUCCAAUUCUUAGGCGAGAGGAGAUUGUCAUCCGCCUGGAAGACGUACGCCGGUCGGGGGUCCACCUUGAGCAGGGAGGGAAUGCCUGUGAUAGCAGCUGGGUUCGCUACUCGCGCCCGUUCGUCGAUGAAAAGAAGUAUGACCUGAUUGUCGAGAUCGGCGACGAGAACACCAUUCUCGAUUUGACGACGAAACACCCUUUGUUCUUGAACCUCACCAAGUCCCGUGUGACAAGCCUUCUACAGAUCGUGGCCGGCAGAAAGGCCGCCAAAUUAGGAGACAUCGCUAUUAGAGAUGAGCAGAUCUGGUUUGUGACGGGGCCGGAUACGUCUCUCACUGUCGACGGGGAGCAGACGAGUCCCCGUGAGAUUAUCGGAUACUCUACACCCGACGCAGAGCAGUUGUCGCAAGAGUCCCAGAACAAGCGGAGACGCAUCGAGGAGCCGGCCAACAAACGUGCUUGGGUUGUGCGCACCGGACAGUGGCGCAUCUGCGUGCGGCCGAGCGUGAAUCAAAGCAGUCUGGACUUCCUUCUGAGGGCAGUCAAGUUAGACGUAUAUACGCAGGAGACGGUUCGGAAUCACGGUCGACCUUUCUUAGGGUCUUGA